AUGGUCACAAAAUCAGAGAUUGUAGCGAAGCUGAAUCUGAAGCCCCACCCAGAAGGUGGGUUUUAUUCGGAAACAUUUAGGGACAGCUCUGUUCUACUCUCCAAAUCCCACCUUCCCCCUCAAUACAAGGUUGAUCGACCAGUCAGUACAAGCAUAUACUUCUUGUUACCUUCUGGAAGUGUUUCUCACCUUCACCGCAUCCCGUGUGCAGAAACAUGGCAUUUUUACUUGGGAGAACCUAUCACGGUGCUAGAAUUAAAUGAUAAGGAUGGGAGUGCUAAACUAACCUGUCUUGGACCCGAUAUUACAAGAGAGAAUCAGUUAUUGCAGUAUGCGGUGCCUCCAGGUGUUUGGUUUGGUGCAUUUCCAACCAAGGACAUUGACGUCUCUGCCGACGGGAAAAGUACAGUUACAAAAGCACCAAGGGAUUCCGAGAAAUACUUUUCUCUUGUGGGAUGCACCUGUGCUCCUGCCUUCCAGUUUGAAGAUUUUGAGCUGGCUAAACGUUCUGAGCUCAUUUCGAAUUUUCCAGAGUAUACGGGAUGGUUUCUGUUAUUCCAUUAA